UUAUUAGAGUUGGAGAAAAUACAGUAAUUGGCCAAACAGCUAAAUUAACAACCGGACAAGAACCCAAUGGCUCCAGAUUAGAGGCACAAAUAAGAAAAUAUGUUAAAUUUCUUAUAAUAAUGGCUUGUUCUGUUGCUUCUAUAAUAUUUAUAUUUGGGGGAUUUGUCCAUCAUUGGAAGGAUGUUACACAUUUAUUGGCAAAUGGAUUUCUUGUUUGUGCUAUUGGAAUGGUUCCUUGUGGAUUACCAGCAACUGUUACUUCAAUUUUAACGCUUGUAGCAAGGCGUUUGGCAAAUCGAAAUGUUUAUGUAAAAAGAUUAGAUAUUUGUGAGGCUUUGGGGCAAGUGAGUAUUAUUGCCUCUGAUAAAACUGGAACGUUGACGAGAAAUGAAAUGACAGUUACUGGACUUUGGAAUUUUGAUGGGUUUAUAAAUGGAUAUCCACAAAGUGAACACCAAUUAACACUUAAUUCAUUUGGAAGUGAGGGAGUACCAUCAACCCCAACAACAGCACCUCCAUGGACUUUGCGUUCAAUAGGCGGCAAUAGAUUUCCACAUCCAAUUUCUGAUAUAUUAACUUGUAUGAGUGUUUGUAAUACUGCCGUUUUAAAUUUAGAAGAUGAAGAUAAAACAACAGAAAUUAGUAAAAAGGAAGAACACAGAAAAGUUAGCAGAGCAGAUUCACUUAAAGCAGUUCUUUGGGCACAAAGUUCAUUGCGUGGAGAACCAAAACAUUUUAAUGUUUCUACAAUAAAUGAAGAAGAAGAAACAAUUAAAUCCCCCGACACAAUUGAAAAAGGAAUUGAAAAUUCUCAACAGAAAAAACAACACAGGCCAAUAGCCAAUAAACGUUCAAUUAAAAUGUCACAAAAACAUUCAACAGCUAUUGGAACACCUUCAGAAGUUGCAAUGCUUAAUUAUGCAGCCACUUUAAUUAAUGUACAUAAAUGUAGACAAGAAUAUGAAGAUGUAGCCUUUGAAAUCCCUUUUAAUUCAAAACGUAAAUGGCAUUUAAAAAUAAUUCGAAUGGGUGUUCAAGGUGAAGAAGCAGAAUAUAGACUUUUCAUUAAAGGAGCUUCUGAAGUUUUGGCCAAAAUGUGUUCACAGAUUUUAACAAAAAAUGGAAUUAAAGAAUUUGGGAGAAAUAAGGGAAUUGAGGAACUUGAAGCAGCCUAUACAGAAUUUGCAAAUGGUGGCCACAGAGUUAUCGGUUUUGCUCAAACAACUUUUCGUGCACCUGUUGAUGUAGAAUUUAGUUUGGAUAUUGGGAAUGUUCCUUUAAAUGGUUUAAUUUUUCUUGGUGUUUGUGCAAUUAUGGACCCGCCUAGGGAAAAAACAAAAGAAGCCAUAAAUUCUUGUAAAACUGCCGGAAUUAAAGUUUUUAUGGUAACUGGAGAUCAUCAAUUAACAGCAUGUGCAAUAGCUAGACAAAUUGGGUUAAUUGAUGAAAAUGGAGGGAAAAUAGAAAUAAAUAAUGGAGGAGGAAAACCUUGGGAAUUCGAUCCAAAAAAUGACUGGGCAGUUGUACAAGGACAACAAAUUUCUCGUUUAACAGCCGAGCAAUGGGAUCAAUUAAUUUUAAAGAAAAAUUCGGUUGUUUUUGCGAGAACAACGCCCGAACAGAAAUUAUUUAUUGUUGAACAAUGCCAAAAAAGAAAACAAAUAAUUGCUAUGACUGGUGAUGGUGUAAAUGAUGCCCCAGCAUUGAAAAAAGCUGAAAUUGGAAUUGCAAUGGGUUCGGGGAGUGAAGUAGCUAAACAAGCUGCCGAUAUUGUUUUAAUUGAUGAUAAUUUUUCUUCAAUUGUUCAAGCUGUAAAAGAAGGGAGAGCAAUGUAUGAAAAUAUUAAAAAAUUAUUAGCAUAUACAAUGCCCCAUUCAUUCCCAGAAGUUUGGCCAAUAAUUAUUAAUUUUUGUUUUGGAAUGCCUGUUGGAAUAACUGCUUUACAAAUUUUAUCAAUUGAUUUGGGGACAGAAAUAUUUCCCGGAAUUUCUUUGGCAAACGAAAAACCGGAGGGGGAUGUAAUGGCUAGACCCCCUAGAGCUGUAAAUAAAGUUUUGAUUUCUAAUGGAUUACUGGCUUAUUCUUAUAUUUAUACUGGACAAAUACAAGUAAAUAUUGGGGGUUGGACAGGACCGUCUCUUGGAUGUUUUUUAGCUUAUUGUUAUGUUUUUUGGUGUAAAGGAAUUAAUAUAUUAGAUUUGCCCUUUUCUGCAUUAAAUUGUUGGAAGAAAGGAGGGGAUAUUUUUAAAAGUAAUGGACAUGAAUUUUCUGUUGAGCAGCAAUUAUUAAUUGGAAGACAGGCAACGAGUGCUUGGCAAAUGGGAAUUGUUUUUGGACAAUUUUUUAAUAUUUGGAGUGCCAGAACUCGAAGAAUUUCCCUUUUUAAACACGGAUUUUGUUCAAAUCAAGCAUUAAUUAAAGCGUUAAUAAUUGAAUUAAUAUUAAUUAAUUGUUAUGUUUAUUUGCCUGGUUUAAAUGAAUUUCUUGGAGGGGCAGCAAUUCCUUGGCAAUGUUGGGUUGUUGUUGCUGCUGUUGGAAUUUUUAUAAAUAUUUAUAAUGAAAUAAGAAAAUAUUUUAUUAGACAUUAUCCGAAAAAUAAAAUUGUUAGAUUAUUUAAAUGGUAA